AUGUACGUAUUUGGGGAUUCAUUGAUUGACAAUGGAAACAACGUUCCUUUCGUCACUAGCGUAGCAAAAGCCAAGUAUUGGCCUUACGGCAUUGAUUUCGAUAAGGGGCCAAACGGGAGAUUCAGCAACGGGAAGAUACUUGUCGACUACAUUGGUGAACUUUUGGGACUUCCACUUAUUCCAUCAUAUGCAGAUACUGAUGUGAACGGUGACAACAUCAUGUAUGGAGUAAAUUACGCUUCAGCCGGGUCUGGAAUUCUCCAGGACACGGGAGAUCAUUUUGGCCGAGUGAUCCCCCUACGUGAACAGAUCAGUAACUUCGAAAAUACGUUGAAUCAACUCGAAGAUCAAAUGCAGACAGAGGAUUUGAGCAAUUAUUUGGCGAAGGCCAUCGUUUUUCUUGGCAUGGGCGCAAACGAUUACCUUAACAAUUAUAUAUUCCCUUUGGGACACGAAAGUAGCAAGAGUUAUAGCCCUCAAGAUUAUGCUGAUCACCUCGUAAAGCAAUACGAAGGGCAUAUAAUGGAAUUGCAAAAGUUGGGCCUUCGAAAGUUCUUCAUAGCAGAGAUUUCCCCUAUUGGUUGCAUACCGAGUAGAUUAGACCAGAGCAAAGUCCCUCCAGGAGAGUGCGAGUCCAGAUCGAAUAAUUUGGUCCAAAUGUUCAAUUCACGACUCAAGCCUUUAGUAAAUCAGCUCAAUUCGGAAAAUCCCGGCUCCAUAUUCACGCUUGGUGGUUGUUUCGAAAUAUUCUUGAACUUGCGUGCCAAUGCCGAUGCUUAUGGAUUUACGGUGAAGGACAAGCCUUGUUGUGGUGUCGGGAUAAAUAAAGGAAAAUCGUUGUGUGUCCCGAAUGCAGAACCGUGUUUUAAUAGGGAACAGUAUUUGUUCUGGGAUGAUGCUCAUCCUACUCAAGCGGUAAACCGGAUACUCGGGCAUUGGAUUUUCAACAGCACCACAUACUCAUUUCCUGUCAGCAUACAGAAACUAGCAGAAAUGUGA